AUGAAAAUCGACAAAGCCCCAUAUGUCAUGGCUCCUGACAUGAAGAACACCCGUUUCCCGAACGACGACGCUCCCAUAGAGCCGAGCGCUGCACUGGAUCAAGCAGAUGGUCCUUCCAACGGAGCAAGACAGCGCUCGUCCUUGGGAAAGGAGCAAGUACUUACGCGCAACGCGACAUACGCAGAUUCUGCGCUUCCACUUGUCACUUCAGGGGCGCCAUCAGCUGCUGCGGAGCGACCCACAUACCACCGUCAUCCAGGUGACUCACUGCCAUCGGCCGCACCUGAACGCUCGGCUCAAGGCUCGGCUGAAGGUCCAGGUGAAUGUGAAGUCACCACGGCAACAGGGAACAUGGCGCCUCAGGCUCACUCAUCCUCCUCCUAUCCUCCAAUACCAGAGGCCAAUGACUUCGAGAUGGGGCAAGAAUCAUCCACAGUGCCUCAAUUUGCGCGAGCAUUCCAUAGCCAUCCGCCUCCUCCCAUGGCGAAUCAACAGCAAUUGCCGCGCAACACACCUAUCGGCACUCCUCAGCGCAGCGAGUUCAUCGACACGGGACCGGCGACAUCAUAUCAGCAAUCUCCAUCCCACAGCGACAAGAAGCGCAAGACCAGCAGAUCCGGCUUUGUCCCAAUCGCACCAGCCCGUCCAUCUACGGAUGUCUUCACAUCUUCUGGACAGCGCCCGAAGUCUCCAGGACUUUUCGGAUCUCAAGCCCGUGGCAUUAGAGGCGGAAGACCAAUGUCCUUAGCUCAGGUGCCCGCCAUGCAGCUUCCUCCACCAUCUCCCGAUGUCAUUGCACAACUUCAGCAGAUACCAGACAUGCUUUCAGGAGGCAUGAGCCACCUCACGCAGAUGGUGGGACACCUUGCACAGAAGGUCAAUGGCCUCGAGAGUCGUAUGGUAGAACUUGAAACCGAGAACCGCGCUCUCAAAGCGCAGAACACAACCUCUUCUGCCUCGUCUAUGGGCGGCCCCGUCGGUCUACCUGUUGGAGUGGUGGGAGUGCCAAACCAGCUGCAACAACAGAACGAGAGUUUCGGCGAGAACUCCGAGCGUUUUCCUCCUCUCACUCGCAAGAAGGACUCAAUCCCAUUGCCUGGCGAGCCAUACGGUGGUCCUCUCUACAUGCCGACGCCGCGAGGCCCCAGUAUGCUCGGAAACAUGUUUGGGUCUACUCGGCCGCCUCAACGUCCAUCACGUCCGUUUGAUGGUAAUGAGAGCACGAAUGGUGGUGGAUUUGGUAAUUAA